AUGGCGGGCCCAGGCAGUGGACGCGACCAAAACUCCAACGAUCCGACAGGCAAUUUCGGGGGCUCAGGUCUUCCGCAAUUCGGUUCAUCCUACUACCCCAUCGACACUGAGCUGACGAACCCGUCGGCCAGCUACAACCUCCCCACCUAUGCACGACAGCUGGAAGAUGCGGCGACCUCUGAAGAGAAGAUAGAGCAUGGGAACAUCAACAACAUACCUAUCGACGCGAAUGGCGCCGCGCCUUCAUCUGUGCUUGACCCAGCAAUGGCCCCUCCCCAAACACCAAGUCAACCUGCAUUCAUGCCCACUGGAGGUCGCUCUAGCCUUGAUGCGUCUGCUGACACACCGCAAGAGCCCCAGACUGGAGACAAGCGAAAGCGCUCCAAGGCAUCUCGUGCAUGUGAUGAGUGUCGCAGAAAGAAGGUCAAAUGUGACGCGCCCACCGAGGCUGACGGUACCCCAAAGACUUGCACCAACUGUCAGAAGGCCGGCGUCAACUGUGAGUUUGAGCGGAAGCCUAUGAAGCGUGGCCCAAGCAAAGGAUACAUUAGCCAGUUGGCCGAGAGAGUCCAAGGACUAGAGCAGAAGCAGCGACAGUCUCUCGACGCUGGUCAAGGCGGGUUCGCCGAGAGCUUCUCCCCUGACGACCAGACUGGCUCUGGUUUUCAAAACCGUGCCCCGUCUUUCUCUGCACCUGCAAACUUCAACCCAUUUUCAAGAGUCGAGUAUCAGCGCGAUAGGAUUCCAAGCGUCGGUUGGAAUGCUCAAUCACCUGGUUCCGCUCUUCGAUCUCGAGCCAUCGGGAGUCUUGCAAUCGCGCCGCACGAGUCCUUCCCUACCUCAUUUCUUGAAGAGGCGCCAAAUCUGAAAUUUCAGGUUCGCGAUCCUUCUCAAUCUUUCUUCGGCGAAAUCUUCGGCUCUCGUCCCUCCAAACGCCAGCGUACUCAAGCACCCGACGACGACAUGCCGGCGGUACAGGCUCUGAACCUGGACGAUGCUUUCCUCAGCAACUACUACCAGCAAUACCAUCCGCUGGUCGCGCUACUUCCUGAUUCUCGCAAGGUCAUCGCCAUCGUUUCCGAAGCAGAUCCCGUGAUGCAGCAUGCCUUCACUACCGCCAUUGAACUCUUGCCAGACCUUCGAGCCGCGCCCACAGUCAACGGUAACCACGACGCGAACAUGACACUGGACCCAGCCAUUGAUGUGCCGAGAAAGAGCCUCAAGUCUGAUCGUUUCCCAACCUAUGACGCCCUGCAACAAUAUCUUUUCGCUCAGGGUACCGGAACCGCGUUACACCGCACUGAAGAGGAGAACCUCACAAUGGUUUGGACUAUGGCCUUGCUUGCGAUGGGCGCGGAAAAUCACGUCAAGCUCUUGAAAAACAGUUCCCCCCUGUCCAAGUCUGUCAUGCUCCCACUAGCCCGAUUCGUUCUCGAACAAGUUCGCACCGACAAUGCUGGAAUUCCAACCUCUGUCGCCGAUCGACCACGACAAACCACAUAUCCCGAUGAGGUGACUCAGGCCCACAAUUGCCUCGGUGUCAUGAUCCAAUACCACGCCCUAGGUGUCGGUCUGCCUGCGUCUGGUCUGGUCCCAGCCAACUACCCCGUCAACGUCCGAGAUUUUGACGCAAAGAAAACCACACCCGAGGCAGCCUACAUCGCCAGCAGCUCGAACCUCAUCGAGUUGCUCUGUCACGUUGUGCUUGAAGGUGAAAGCACCCGUGAGAUCCGUGCUCUCGGUGGCUUCCUCCUUCAACGACACUUCGACACCCAUCUCAGUCUCUACGGCGGCUCUCUGCGAGAUACCAGCAUCGCGAGCCAACUUCACUGCUUUCUCGAGCUGAUCAUUGCCCCGUUCCCAUACCUGCCCCCUGGUGCCUCUGCGCCACUCUUCCCCGUGGUCAGUGCUCUGACCUGGGCUGACAAGUUGACGACGGUCCUCAUCAGCGACGCGCAGGCAACCUCGGCUGCUCCGCGCUACAACCCUCUCGACGUGCACACCUGGUCGCUCGCGACGACCUCUCUCUGCCUCUUCGCCACCGACGCCAGCACUCGGGCACUGGCCGAGUUCGCUGUGAAGCGUCUCGAUGAACUGCGUGCGGAACUUCAGAAGAAGUCCGACGCUUUUCAUCGGACCUUCGGUCUCGAGUGGUUCUUUGGGGGGAGGAUGGAGCCGUGGGCGGACGUGCUCCUGGCGAUGAUCGACCAGGCGAAGGGUCGUGCCGCUGCUGCCGCGGUGGGUGACGGUGGCCACGAUGUGGUCGCCGUCCCCAACAUGGAGCAGGUCAUGAUGAAUGGCCUGUUGAACGGCGUGUUGUUCUUUGCGAAGAACACGUGA